AUGCAGGCCCACUGGGCCACAAAUGAGGCUGUCAGCACGUCUGGCGAUGGGGCUGUCUUCUACUGGAACCUGCAGACGGGAUCGGGCACCGAAAUGCCUCCGCCGGAGGGACAUCCCCGAAGCAGCAUCCGCACGCUUGCCUGCGAUUGGGCCGGCAAGCGCGCCAUCACCGGGAACGACGACGGAUACUUCGUGAUGUGGGACCUCGAGGAGCAGAUAGGACAGCGAACUCUGAACUGCAAGGUUGGAAUGAUCCUCUCACUGUAUCCCGACUGGAACAAGAUGCGGAUGCUCGUGGGUCACGGCGACUCUGACCUCGACCUGCUUUCCAUGAAUGAUGGUGCAAGGAUCAAAGCCUAUCCGAUCAAGCACUCCCUGGUCACGGCACUGGAUGUAUCCUGGUCGAAGGCUCGCGCGUUGGUGGGCUUCGAUGGUGGAUCCCUGCAGAUUUGGGGCCUUCCGAUGGCUGCUUCCCAGUCUUCCCUACGAGGACACAAGGGCAGCAUCACCGCGAUUUCGGUGCAGUGGAAACUGAAGAGAGCGUUUUCAGGGUCGGCGGACAAGUCAAUACGGCUCUGGAACUUGGCGCGCGCGGAAUGCAUCAGGCUGAUCAGCGGACAUCUGCAGGGCGUCCGCAGCCUUUGCAUCGACUGGGAGCUCGGAGUGGCGUUGUCCAGUGCGUGGGACGGUGUAAUGCAGCUCUGGGAGAUUGCCGACGAAGUCGACGAGGAUUUCGCUUUGCAGCCAGUCGGGGGUGAGGUACGAAUCGGAGGGGUCGCCCUCUUGACCGUGAAAGAGGGUGCGGAAGCCGAGAACUCCGAGGAGGAGCCUGAGGAGAUCGAAGCCGACGCGCUCAAGGGAAAGCAACGGCCUACAUGA